AUGUUAGAACGAGACAUAGAGCAAUCGCUCCCACCUGUGGACGAGCAUGAGCAAUCGCAGGAUGUUGAAAUAUCAAAUGGACUGGAAGACGCAAACCCGGGCACUUUUAUCAGCUGGGCUUAUACCAAUUCAUCCCAGAUACCCCGACCUUUGAGUUCAUCGCAGGCGUUUGACCCUCACUCUUAUGCGCAAGCAUCAACCAAUGAACCGCUAGAAUUACUCCCUAGAACUGUUUACAACAAUAAUGACUCCUCAUACCUUCAUCAGCCCUCACCUACCCCUCAACCCUACAAUAUUUUUGCACAUCACUCCCUUUCUGCAUACAGCAGUCGCAUAUCGCACAUGCCAACAAAUAUGGGCCCCGCUGGCCAAGUCGCAACAAACAAUCUCAUCCCUAUACGCUCUCGACCGUAUUCAACUAGAGCACAGCGAUCUCCAACGCCUGACAUACAACCCGUUGCGCCCAUUCCAAAAGAAGAGUACAUUGCCCAGGCUAAGCUCCGGCCAGAGUCCUCACAAAUGCAACAACCGCUGCUUGUUGUCCUUGAUAUGAACGGGACAUUAAUAUACCGAAGACGUCGUACAUUCCCCCCACAAUUUACCAAGCGUCCUGGCCUAGAUACGUUUCUCCGGUAUCUAUUUGAUAACUUCAAGGUCAUGAUUUGGACUAGCUCACAACCGCAUACAGUCAAUGAGGUUCUGGAUAAACUUCUAUGCCCCGCAAUGAAAAAGCAAUUGGUCGGAGUAUGGUCACGCAAAGAUCUUGAUUUGACCUCCAAACAGUACAAGGAGAGAGUUCAAGUGUAUAAGCGUCUUGACAAAGUGUGGGGAGACGCGCAUAUCCAAUCCCAAUACCCCAACCAGGUUACACAGAAUACAAAACCACGAAAGAAGAGUAACAAAGUGAAACUUCCACGGAUACUUGGAGAGGAUACUCAGGUUUGGGACCAAACGAAUACCGUCCUCAUAGACGACAGCAAAUUAAAAGCUGCCGCCCAACCACAUAAUAUCAUCGAGAUACCUGAAUUCACCAAUGACCGUAAAGUGGACGAGAUCAAGAAUUUAAACACUGUCAUACGCCAACUGGAUAUACUAUCCCGCCAGAAAGACGUUAGUCGCAAGCUGAGGGAGUGGAAUCAGAAACGGCCAGAAGGGGAGUGUGACAGCAUUGACGUGGAUGCAUUUUGGGAGAAAGAGCUGAUGCACUCCUCUCUUGACAUAAAUACACUCGAGUUCUCUACGUCCCAAGAAAAGGCGACUAUCACUACUACUACGAAGACAACCAAGAAUAUCAAGGCGCCCCAGUCCCUCACCAUCGAACAACUAAUUAGUGCAGCGAAAAAAUCGCAUGCAGCAAUUAAUCAACAGAAGGACAACCCUACGACGGAAGGGACAAGCGAAGGGUCUAAGCACCUCGACGAUGGAAAACCAAAACGAACCAAAGGUCAAAAGCGAGCUGCAACAAGGAGGCGGGCAAAGCUCAAGGGAGCCGCGUACAAGAAAGCUGACCCAGUUUGA